CAAUAUUACGUUUUUUUUCUCGCUGACAAAGGCAAAUGAAGCCAUGUUUUUGCUUACAAACAAGUAACAUCUUAACGCUUCGAUCCGGAGCCGUGCGCCGGUGCGCUGUGUAGGAGAGGGCCGCCCGGAGGACCUCCGCUCGCUCUUAUUACCACUCACAUCUGGACGUUUAUAACGGGAUAGUGUUUUUUAAAAAGAAAAAGCUUUUACUCGGGAUAUCUUUUUAGCAAAACUACUUGACAGCGAACCUGCAACUCUCCAAACACAGCGAGGACGCAGCGCCAGAGCCCAGCGGAGAUAUUGUUGAAUCCAGAAAAUGAGUUUCGGGGCGAGCUGGUGAACCAGCGGUGGACACGAGGCGAGAGGACCAGCAGCCGCUGUCAGGCCUCCCAGAGACUGCAGAGCCGUCGACCAAUCAUGAUGAGUGUGGAGGGUGAUGACAAGCGAACUCGCACUCGGUCCAAGGGAAUCAGAGUUCCUAUUGAGAUCGUAGGACAAGAGCUGAGCUGCCCUACCCCUGGAUGCAAUGGCUCUGGCCAUAUCAGUGGGAGAUACUCACGACACAGAAGCGUUCUGGGUUGCCCCAUAGCCAGAAAGCGCCGUCUGGAGGAAGCAGAGGCUGAGCAGGAGCAAGACCAGGAUACAGAGCAGCCUGCCUCUAAGAGGAAGGCCCACCCCCUGAAACUGGCCCUGGACGAGGGCUUCAGUAUGGAGAGUGACGCCAGCAGUGAGGCUGAGGGUGAUGGAGAGAAGGAUGAGGAGAAAGCAGGUGAGAGCAAGCAGGCAGAGGAGGAGAGAGAGGAGAUGACAGAAGACUUGACGCAGGACGGGCAGACAAAUGAACAGAAGGAGGAUACACAGAAGGAGGAGGAAGAGGAGAGGGAAGAAGAAGAGACAUAUCAGAAGGACGAGAACAUAUUUGCAGCUGAUGAAGAAGAGGAGUGUGUAAUCAUUGAGCCUGAGCUCAGAGCAGCGCCACCUGCAGCCGAGUGUCAGUCUCCCUCUCAGAGCAACGAAGAGGUGGCCAACUCUCUCCUCCACCUCGGGCGAGUCUCCGACAACAAUACUCCAACUGUGGCCACUCAGCAGCCUGUUGCUAUGGAGACUGAGGAGGAUGUCACCGUGGCAGCCAAGCAGGGUGAAGAAGUAAAGGACAAGCAGGAGGGGGACGUGAAUGAGAGGGAAGAGGAAGAGGAGGAGGUGGUGCACCGAGUUCAAGUACUGGAAGAGUCAUCUGUUCUGCAGAAAGAGGCGGCUGAAGUGGAGGAAGAGGAGCUGGAGGAGGAGGUGGAGGAUGAGCAAGGAGAGUGCUUGGACAGCAACAACCAUGUGAGCCAGGAGAACCACCAGUAUCUAACCGAAGAUGUCCACCACCAACAGAUCAAAGGCAAAGAGGAGGAAGUGGAGGAGGAAGAAGUUGAGGAGAUGGCAGGGCCAGCACAGCAGAGGCAGGGCACUCCAGCAGAGGAGGAGGAGGAUGAGGAGAAAGAUGACGAAGACCACGGGGAGGUGAACCACAUCUUGCCCAUUUCUGACGUGCCAACUGCCAUCCGCACCAUCACCAGCACCGCAGCAGCUCAGGGAACACACAUCGAGGCUCCAGAACACAGGGCCAGUCCUCUGGAGGACUACAAAUCACACAGGACCAGUCCCCUCAGAAACUUCAAUACCAACAGAACCAGUCCACUUGACAAAUAUGACUCUCAUAAACGUAGCCCACUUCAAAACUACAAGGCCAGUCCUCCUUUAAUCUACAACUCCCACAGGGCCAGUCCGCUUGAAGACUACUUUCCCACCAUCAGAGGUGAGAACUAUAAAAUCCACAAAGCCUCGUCCUCUGCCUCCCCCGACGUUAUCGAGGUGCGAUCGGAUAAGUCAGAGGAGAAAGACUUUGAUGACAUAGAUGGGGAUGACGAGCGCGACGAUGAAGACAGCCUGUCGCAGCGUUCCACGGUGACGGACGAAUCGGAGAUGUUCGAUGUAACCCGGGGGAACCUGGGCCUGCUGGAGCAAGCCAUCGCCCUGAAGGCAGAGCAGGUGAAGCCGGCCGGGCCCAGAGAGCUGCUCUGCGCCCCAGAUAUCCACCACCAGCGAUACUUCACAAUGGAUGACAGGCCCAAGCACCUGGACGUCCUCCGCAAGAGCUACUUCAGCAAAGAGAGCAGUAGGCCAGAGAAGAGGGAGAUCAAGUGUCCCACCCCGGGGUGUGAUGGGACGGGUCAUGUGACCGGUCUUUACCCCCACCACCGCAGCUUGUCAGGCUGUCCGCACAAGGACAGGAUCCCCCCGGAGAUUCUGGCCAUGCAUGAGAAUGUGCUGAAGUGUCCAACUCCUGGCUGCACUGGUCAGGGCCAUGUUAACAGCAACCGUAACACACACCGAAGUCUGUCUGGAUGCCCCAUUGCUGCUGCAGAGAAGCUGUCCAAGGGCCAUGAUAAGCAGCAUCUCUCUCAGCCAGGCACAGAGCACCUCAAAGGUUGUCACAACGACAGGGUGUUAAGGCCCAUGUGCUUCGUGAAGCAGCUGGAGGUGCCCCAGUAUGGCAGCUACAGGCCCAACAUGGCACCCGCCACGCCUCGCGCCAACCUUGCCAAGGAGCUGGAGAAGUACUCCAAGGUGUCCUUCGAUUAUGCAAGCUUUGACGCUCAAGUGUUUGGGAAGCGCAUGCUUGCUCCAAAGAUGCCCACCAGCGAAACCUCACCCAAAGCCUUCAAAACUAAGCCCUCAUUCCCCAAGUCAUCGUCACCUAGCCUCAGUCUCCACGGUUACGGGAAGAGCUCCUCCUUGGCCUACGACUACUCCCAUGAUGCAGAGGCCGCUCACAUGGCUGCCACUGCAAUCUUGAACCUAUCUACACGCUGCUGGGAGAAACCUGAGAACCUCAGCACUAAACCCCAAAACAAGGAAAUAGACAUUGAGGUGGAUGAGAACGGCACCCUGGACCUGAGUAUGAAGAAGCCCAUUAAACGGGAGGGCAGUAUGUCCGGCACCAGCCCAGGGGUUCGUUCCCCAGACCCUUCUUCCUCCUCCUCUUCCUCGCUCCAUCAUGGUGGAAGCAGCGGGAUGACGUCACCAAACCUACACACCUACAAACAGGAGGAGUGGGAGGGACCUCUGGAUUACACCAAACCCAACCGCCAAAGGGAGGAGGAAAUGGACGAGAUGGAGCACACAGGACAGUCGUUCGUCUCGUCUGACCCGGAGGACUGUGACAUGAUGCAGGACUGUCUGGAGGAGAGGAAGUACCCAGGAGAGGUUACAACCCCAAGCUUCAAGGUCAAGUUCCAGCCCAAGGACAGCAAGAAGGAGCUGCUCUCGUGCCCUACACCUGGCUGUGAUGGCAGUGGUCACAUCACUGGAAACUAUGCGUCCCAUCGCAGUCUGUCUGGGUGUCCUCUUGCUGAUAAGAGCCUUCGGUCCCUCAUGGCGGCCCACACCCCUGAACUCAAAUGCCCCACUCCAGGAUGUGAUGGCUCAGGUCACAUCACAGGAAACUACGCCUCCCACAGAAGUCUCUCUGGGUGCCCGCGUGCCAAGAAAAGUGGAAUUAAAACUCCUACCAAGGACAACCAGGAGGACUCCGAGCUUUUAAAAUGCCCGGUGCCAGGCUGCGACAGCCUCGGUCACAUCAGUGGGAAGUACGCCACACACCGUAGUGCCUACGGGUGUCCACUAGCAGCCCGCAGACAGAAGGAGGGUCUCCUGAAUGGCACACCCUUCAACUGGAAGGCCUUCAAGACAGAGGGGCCUACUUGUCCCACCCCAGGUUGUGAUGGCUCCGGACACGCUAACGGAAGCUUCCUCACACACCGCAGCCUCUCAGGAUGCCCCAGAGCCUUGUACGCCAAGAAGAAGGCCAAGUUCCCCACAGAGGACUACCUGAGCACCAAGUUCAGAGCCAGUGAUGUUUUGGACAACGACGAGGACAUCAAGCAGCUCAACAGAGAGAUUAACGACCUCAACGAAUCCAACAAUGAAAUGGAAGCUGACAUGGUCAACCUGCAGACUCAGAUCUCCUCCAUGGAGAAGAACCUGAAGAGCAUUGAGCAUGAGAACAAGAUGAUCGAGGAGCAGAAUGAGGCUCUGUUCAUGGAGCUGUCUGGUCUGAGCCGCGCCCUGAUCCGCAGCCUGGCUAACAUACGCCUGCCACACAUGCAGGAGCCAAUAACCGAGCAGAACUUCGACAGCUACGUAAGCACCCUGACCGACAUGUACACCAACAAGGACUGCUUCCAGAGUCCUGAGAACAAGGCUCUGCUGGAGAGCAUCAACAAAGCUGUGAAAGGCAUCAAAGUCUGAGGCUCCACACACACACUAACACACACACACACACACACACACACACACACACACAGGGAGAACGCAGGAGCGUGACGGAGGUGGAGAUGAAGGAGAGAUGUUGAAAUACUCUACAAUAUAUUGAAAUAUGAUUCAAAAACAAAAAGGGAAUUCAGGUUAUUUAAAUAAACGGCAACUUAAAAAAAUCAACCCAGGGAGCACUCUGUUUGAAGAAAAGUGACGCGGACCAAAAUCCAGACCAUGCUGCUGCUGGGAUUAGGAGGAGGAAACGGAUCCUUCAGCCAGAACGGAUGGAAAAGAAGAAUAAUGUUAAAAGAAACUGUGUCUGGGGGUUUUAACAUGUUGUGUGUUUACCUGUUGUCUCUUUUGUGUCCUUAACUGUUUUUGGAGAGGGGGGUUUCACUGUCGAUCCGUUCUUCACGCUUACUACAAGCUGAAACGCAGAGGAAUGCAGGAUUGCUCACGAGGAGCUGAGCGCAGGGACUCUUGGUGCCGUCCUGUAGCAUACACUGGCGAGCGCGCACGGAAGCUCGGGAAGCUCUUGGAUUCAUGAAUACACAUAAGCGCCAGCAAUAUGGAGCAUGCACUAAACCCAGUUUGUGUUUGCUUUGCGGUAUUGCUGCAGCGAAGAUGUCAACAGUGCAAUGUUGACUUUAGCAAAGGGGAAAUAUUUUCUUCAAGCAAGGUCAUGAAACAGAUCCAGGAACAGCUGAUAUCAAGAUUUAAAAAGCAGCAGAUAAAUUGUUUUUGUUUUUCCUUUUUUUUUGAAAACUGAAAUGAUAAUAGUGUGCACACAUUUCAAAUUCAGUUAGUCAUAUCAAUAGUAUUUAUCAGCAUAGGAAUUGCACUUCAUUUCUAUGAAUAGUUAUGUGGUACAAUAAUUAUUGUUAUAUAUGAAUUAUUUAAACUUGUGAACUUUUAAAUUGUAACUUAUUGCCAUUUAUGUUAUUGAGGUUUAUUUAUUUGAAGCAAUCUAUUUAUUAACUUUGUUUUGUAACACACACACAAAAAUGCAUCUUUACUGAUUAUCAUGGUCAAAGCAAUGUCUUACGUCAAUAUUUUAAGAAUCUAUAUAGAUAACUGACAAGGCAUAUUUUGUUUUGAGUACUUUUUAAAAACCUUUUUAAGUGCAGAUGUUUUAUAACUGACAAAAAAAUGUUUUUGAUAAUUUUACAAAAAAAUGUUAUUUUUUUGGGUUGUCCUUUUUUGUUUGUGUUCUUUCUGUUACUGCUACAUUCAGAAACCCACUGCUGAGAAAAAAGAAGAAAGUAUGUAUUUAUUAUUUAUUUAAUAUGAAAGAAAUUGACUGAUAUGGCUGUAUAUUUAUUUUGUUAUUUAUGUGCGUGAUGUGAGUCUGAGUAGUCUUAAAGCUCCACUGCUAAUAUUUAAAUAAAGAAACAAAACCAAUACAAAUACUGUUUGAUUACUUAGGCUUAUACCUAGACAUACCAGCAGCUGAUUGUAAAAAAACAACAACAACCCAACAAAAGCAAUCACUUUUCUGUUUCUUUCUGGUCUCUGUGUGUUUGCUUUUGUCAGGUAAAAAAAAGAAUAGAGUUGAAAAAUGUUACCUCUCCCAAGCGUCUUGUAGCGGCCAGCAAUGGCUCACCCAAAACCUCUGUAAUGUACCACAGAUGCUUAAGUGAUGCUUUUUAUUUUUUGUCUUAUUUAUUACUUUCAUCAGUACAAUGGUACAUAUAUAGAGCUCUAUUCCAGCUGUGGUUUAGGCUGGAUGUAUGGGUCAAAAACAAACAAACACACACACACACACACACACACACACACACACACACACACACACACACAGAGUGACAUAUCCAAACCUUGAGGAUACUGUAGGUUGGCCUCCUUUUGACAAACGUCUAUCAGAUAAACAUACACACCCUUGUAGCCUUACUCUAGAUUUUAAUUUUUUGAUGCACAAAGUGCCACAAAAAAAAAAAAAAAAACUUUCUUUCCUGAUUCUUCGCAUUUCUGCAAUGUAACAAUGUCUGGUCCCGGGAAGACCAUCAAGAGAGUGGUGAUUGUUUCAGAUGCCUUUAUUUCUCUGCCAAGAUGGCCAUUAGUACACUAUAUACAUUCUGUAUAAAUAGAUUUUAAAGAUGCUAUAUAUAUGAAUAUAAACAUACAUAUAUUUUUCCAGUGUAAUUGUUGACUUGCUCUUCUUCUCUUGUAUUACCUUAUCAAAGGACGACUCGCUGUCUGGAAGAGAUGUGAGGGGUGUUAUCAAUAGGAGGCAGUUACACCUUAUUUAAUAUCACUAAGACCUGCUGAACUGUGGCUUUAAACAUACCAUUCAGUCAAGCUGAAGGCAAAGUAGGCAUUGAUGAUACAGUACAAUAUUUUGGAAGUGUUUUCAUAGUUUUUUUUUCUUUUCUUUAUUCGUCUGUCCUUGAUCCAGAAAUGUCAAAAACAUCUACUGUAUGUUGUACAACUGAAUCUGAGAAAUGACUGUCAAUUUGAAACUAGGUGGUUGGCUCUUUGUUCCUAAGUGUCAUGUGAGUUCAUGUAUAGUUAAAAAAAAAAAAGUUGAUGCCUCUGAAUAAUGUUCUGCACAUAGUGUUUGGCAACUUUGUGCAGUUAUUGUAUUGUUGCUGGUAAGGCCUGCUCGCCAUGAGCCCCAAGUUAGUGUAACCUGCCUUUGAGUGACCUGUUGAUCUGUUGCAGCUACUGUGGUGUACAAUAUGAUACCCUUGUGUAACUCUGAUGUCAAAGGCAUGUUGUAAAUGUGCUUUUAGCCAACGUAGAAUGAAACUCCUUUGUGCACUUUCUGAAUAAUCGUCGAAAAUGCCAGCAUUGAGUCUCGACUUGUGAGGACCCCAAUAGAUCACAAGCAAUAGCAAGUAUUCCCCCCCCCCCACGCUGGAGGGAGCAUUACAGUACAAAGCAUCGUCAAACCUGUUUGUUGCUGUAGAAAACAAGUAUCGUUAUGUCAGAUAGAGACAUCUCUUGGAUUCAGGGGGUUUAGCCCGUGCUGUCAAAUGGAAAGGAAGCUGUACUUUCUUUUCCAAACAAAAAAAACCAAAAGAGAUUGACAGGAAGCCGAAUUUGGUUCUCAGGUGACUGGGGAGAGCUGCUAAAAGCAGAACAGAGCAAUGCCAUAGGUCAGCCAGUCAGCUGAGGCUAGAGGCGAUAGCAGCGGCUGGAUCAAGGCCUCGUGUGAAAUGAGAUGAGUGUGUGGGAGUGGGAAAUUGAUUUGUUAGGCUACACAAUCUCCCCCUUGUUUUAGGAGGAGGCGUUUGUUGCAUAAAUAUGUGUCCAUCACUCAAAAGAAUGUCAAAGUGUUUUAUGACUUUUAAACCCCAGCCCCCUACCCCAACAACCCCCUUCUUCAUGUCUUGUGUAACCUUUCCUCAGGAAAGAUAGUUUUGAUGCAUUUGGUUAACAAAGUAGCAUAUCCUUCCUCUCUUGAAAAUGCACGAGAAUACUACCCAAGAGUGUUAAGACUGCAAAUAUUCUCCUAACUUAUUUGAUAUGGCAUGACCCCUUUUAAACUGCUUGAUGAAAUUGUCUACUAAAGUAUGUAAAUGAAUAACACUGAGGCCAUGAAAGCGUAGCAUUUAAAAAAAAUGUCAGCUGAGAAAGCGAACGCAACCCACGGUUGGUUCUGCGCCCACGCACUGUAUGUUUUCUUAUUUACAUAGAAGUAUUGAGUGAUGGAGUGAGUUUUAUUAUUCAAAAUAGCAAAGGAAAUUAAAAAAACGAACUGGUCAAGGCCCAUCUUCCCUAAAGCACCUGGAAUGAAAAUGAAAAAUUGAACAGUAUGACACUUUCAGGAAAAAACCAGCCCAGACCAAAAGCCAGCUAUGUGUUUGAGAUGUAGGGAGGGGAGGCGAGGGGAGGGGAGCACAUUUUUGCAUCUUGGUUCCAUGUUAGCCACAGAAGCUGUGCUUGAACAGUCACACUUUGACGCGUACGGCGUAUACAAAAUGGACUCAUGAGAAAGAGAAUGUGUAGUUGAGUGGCACUUUUCAUCAAGCUGAGCAAAACCAAAAGCCCCCUCCCCACCUCCCCACCUCCCCAGUCCCCACCCUCCUCCCCUUACUCCCUGCCGUAGUUACAAACUGUGUGGUCUUAUCAUGUGUGCCUUUUUCACUCUGCUCAUUUCAAGAUACGGUAUGUUUACACUUGGCAAAGCUGGUUCCAAUACUGUUGAAAACAUAUGGUCUGGUUCUAGAUCUCUUAACCAAUACUUAAGGGGGCGGGGGGUCUGGGGAGGAGAGUCACUUUGUGUAUGGAAAUAAAAUAAAUGUGUCUUUUACAUGCAGGUAGAGGCCAUUCUGUGACAGGGAUACGAAACGACAAGCUUUUGUUAGGCUAAAGAAACUGUGAUCUCAUUCUGUCAAUUCAGGUACCAAACUGCAUGGACAGUUUCUGUGAAGGAAUCUGGAGAACAUCAUCAUUGUCCUCAUCAUCAUCAUCAUCAUCAUCAUCAUCAUCAUCACCAUCCCUAGAUAAUGCGUCAGUGUGCAGGGCAUUAUUUUGAAACACGUGGAAGUCUCUGUACAUAUUUGUAUUAAGAAGAAACAGUAUUAUUGUUGUUGUAUUGAAGACAAGUUGAAAAUGGUUUAAAAAAAAAUUUGUGACAAAGAAAAAAAAAAUCCACAGCCAAGGGUUGUCCUGCUAGCACAUUUUUACAGAGAAGAGCUAUUUUUACUGGUGAUUUUCUAGGCAUUGAUAUUGAUAUCCUUUUAAAAAAGUACAAAACUUCCAAAAUUACAAGCACUUCCACAACGAUAGAUUGUAUGGUAAUUUUUGUUACUUUUGUAGAUGUGGUCGUUCCUUUGCUACUGCACCGUUUUGUAAAGUGGGACAGGCCUUGGCUGUGUGUCCUCGGGGUCUCAUGUUUUUUGUUACUUUAUUUUAUUUCUUUUGUUCAGGAAGUAAAACACUGUAGAUGGGCUGAAUUUGUGACUGUGUGUUUGUGUACUUGUGUACAUGUUCCCCUGUUCCUGUGUCAGUGUUAUAACCCAGAGAAGUGAUGUCAGUUAUUGUGGGGGUAUGAACCAUUUUAAAUGUUCUCUAUGAAAAACACAAAUAAAGAAUCAUAGACAAGUA